AUGGCCGAUACAGAUCCCUUCCGCUCCAAACGUCUGCUCUACCGCUUGGCGGAACCCGACGACGAUGCAUUCUUCCGGACGUUGAAAUCUGAGAGACCCGCGUCCAAGCAAGAUGCCGAGUUGUUUCACAAAGCAGUCGAGAACGCCUUGUUGGGCGUGGAGGAUCAUGUGCACCAUCGAUCCACCGAGAUCGGGAUUGGAAUCAUCAAGGCGUGGCAAGGCCAGGGAUAUGGCGGGGAAGCAAUCGAUUGGGUCUUGGACUGGGCAUUUGAGAAGGCGGGUAUGCAUCGUGUUGAGGUCAACGUGAUGGAGUACAACGAACGUGCAGUACACCUGUAUAGGAGUAUGGGAUUUAUAGAGGAGGGUAGCAGCCGGAAGGCAUGGUGGCACGCGGGUAGAUGGUGGGACGAGGUCCGGUUUGCGAUGUUAGAGGAAGUUUGGAAGAAGUUGCGGAAGAUAGGGCAUUGA